AUGAAGUACUACCGCCUCCUCAUCUCCGCCUGUGUGGCCCUGCCCGUUUUCUCGCUCUCCUUGCAUGGCCGGCAGACGGAGACUUUCGUCUCCGACGGCAACCCCAUCCUCUCCGAUGGCUCCAUCUACUCAGCCGACCCAGCACCCUUUGUCGUGAACGAUACGGUCUAUAUCCUGAGCGGUCGCGACGAAGCGCCGCCGACAACCAAUGCAUUCAUUAUGAACGAAUGGCAGCUCUUCUCGGCCGAGAGCCCUGACCCCGCUGGUGGCGAGUGGACUCUGCAACGCGCCGUCGCCCGUCCCGAGGUCCUGUUCGCUUGGGCCGAUUCGGGCGGCGCCUACGCGAGCCAGAUUAUACAAGGUGCCGACGGCCGCUUCUACUUCUUCGCAUCCGUCACUCAGCGCGAUCCCGGCACGCAGGACGCCUUUGGCAUCGGCGUCGCCGUGUCCGAUUCUCCGACGGGCCCCUUUACUGAUGCGCACCCCAACGGUCCCAUCAUCUCCCAGGCCGUGCCCGUCCGCAACGACAUACACAAUAUCGACCCAGUCGUUCUGGUGGACGACGACAAUCGCGUCUUUGUCUACUGGGGCUCUUUCAACCAGCUGCGCGGCGUCGAGCUCGGGUCCGACAUGACCACCAUCAUCGGCAGCAUCACGGCCGUCACCUCCCUCACGGGCUUCUUCGAGGCCCCCUGGUUCAUGAAGCGCAAGGAGACCUACUACAUGCUCUACGCCGCCAACAACGCGGGCUCAGACUCCCCCUGCACGCCCACCUCGUACCACGCCUGCAUCGCCUACGGUACUGCCUCGUCGCCGCUCGGCCCCUGGACCUUUCGCGGCGUCGUCCUCCCUAUCGUCUCCAGCACCACGAGCCACCCAGGCGUCUACGUCCUCGCGGACGGCGCGCACUUUCUCGUCUACCACACUGCCGACGCCGAGGGCGGCGGCCACUUUCGCCGCAGCAUCGCCCUCGACCCCCUCCUUUUUGACGACGCUGCCAGCCCACCGUCUAUCCGACCCGUCGAGCGCUCCGUCCGUCCGGCCCUCUCGGCCCCGCGCCCGCCGAGCCGCAACGUGGCGCCGCUGGCAGAGCCGUCCUCCGUACCCCGCACGCCCGUCCAGUACUGGCUUGCGGCUCUGCACGACGAACGCGUCCCCUCGACGCCGCUGCCGCCGGACUACUGGUCCGCGUGGGCUGGAGAGGCGUCGCCACGCGAGAGCGUGCGCACCUACAUGUGGGACGCGGCAGUCGAGCUCAACGGAGUGGCCGUCGCCUUCUUCGCCGACGCGCCGGCGGGGUCUGACUUCGGUGUGGCACCGCCGAGAGAGUGGAGGGUCGAGUAUCGUGCCGCUGACGGCGUGUGGAAGGACGUGGCGGCUGAGGGGCCGUACCCAAACGAGGUGACGGAUUCACCCGCUGAGGUAGGCUUCGCCACGGUCAAGACGACCAUGCUUCGGGCAGUCUUUGUUGGGUCAGGCAACGGGCCUUACGCGGCGGUGGGAAUCAAGGAGUGGUUCGCGUUUGCACCAGCACCUGUAUAA